AUGUCGAGUGAUGAUAAGAACAAGCCCAGUGACCCCAAGAAUGAGCCCAAGUACUGUGACCCCAGAUGUGAACAAAAGUGUGAGACCAAAUGCCAGCCCAGCUGUCUAAGGAAGCUGCUGCAGCGCUGUGCUGAAAAGUGUCCACGGGAGACGUGCCCACCACCACCGAAGUGCCCCCCAUGUCCCCCGUGUCCACCAUGCCCCAUGCAAUGUCCACCACCAUGUGUGUGUGUUAAUCCCUGCUCUCCCAGGUGCCCUUCCUCUUGCCCACCCCCAGAGUGA